AUGCUUCCUGCAUUCGAGGAUCUGGCCACAAAGGGCAAUAGGAACCAGGGCGUUCCGACAAAGGUGCUCGAGACGCUCUUCUUUGCCUUGGCCUUCGAUGACACGGAGCCCGCCAUCUCUGUUUUCCUGGAAGCCGUCUUCUUCAUAUGGGAAGACCUGGCAUUUAUCGGAAUCGUGAUCGAUGCCGACCUCGUCCCAGCACUGGCCGCAGUCCGGUCUGCCCUGGAUCCGCUCAACUUUCUCUCUGCAAACUUUGCCCAAAUCAACGCUGGCCAGUACCUUAUCGCCUUGACGAUAUUCUUUGUCCUCCAGGCCCUGCUUGUGGUCUGGAUUGCGCGUCCCAGUCGCUGGAUAUCCAUCCGAAAUGAUAAGAUAAUGCUGGACCGCUCGAGUCCCACGGUUUUCCUUCUCCGUCAAGCACUGGUCGCGACCUCGACGUUCCUCAUGGUCGCAAUCACCCAGUUUGUGUUCACCCUGCUUGGCUGCUUGAUCGUUCAGUUUGGCUCGUCGUCGCGUGCAACGGCCCUGCUGCCUUACAUCUCAACCGUCUGCGACCUCAGCAACUCGGGCUACAAUUCUCUCGCGAUUCAAAUAAUCGCCUUCGUCUUUGCCAUGCCAUUGUUUUUCGUUCUGCUUGCGCUCUAUCUUCUCGUGGCCAUCCGCGCUGAUCCGGCCAUUCGUUCGAGUCCGCUCACCAAGAUGCACUCCCGCUUCGAUGCCGUUUACAUCCUUGUCCGUCUGCUUAUGGUCAGCUUCGCGGCAAUAGGGAGAGACAUGAUCCAAGAGCGCAUGAUUGCCAAUUCAUUCGGGGCGUUUGUGAUGCUGUGUGCCGUUUUGCGCCUCCAUCCGUACUUUUGGCCGGCCGUCAACCAGAUACGUGCGGCGCUGUUGACCGGCGCCGUGUUCAUGGCACUUGCCGCCUUUGGACUUCAGAGCACUUCCUCCCUCUCCAACUGGGCCGUUAUAGGCAUCUCUAUCGCCGUCGUUGGUGCAGGCUGCGGUACAGGCUAUGGGCUUGCACUGCUCUCAGCGCACUACCUGAAGAUCAUGUUCUGUCAACGCCUGCAGAACAACCAAAAAAUCUUCAAUCGCUUCUUUGACCACGAUGCUGAGCUCUCGAAAUCGGCGUCUUGCGUCGGCCAAACAAAACCCGGCCAGUCGGAGCCAUCUCCGGAUUUGAAUUCUAGCAAAAAGAGCGACGCUGAGGUGCGUUCGGGCACACUGCCACGAAAGCCAAAGGAAUACGAUCCGACUCAGUUGCCUUACGGAUUGCAAACUCAGGUGUUCAACCUCUGGACCGAUGUCGAGCUCAGCGCUCGCCUGGUUGCCAUUGUUGCUGCUCCGGGACUCUUCACGACCGCGCGUCGCUUGAGCACAGAAGAAAUCAAGCUUGUCAAGGAUCUCUUCCGCAAGGGCUCGCAGGAAUACAACCACCCCGGGGUCCUCAUCAGCUCUGUCAAGUACGAGCGCCGUCUUAGGAUUGGAACGCCUGAUUCUAUAUGGAAUCAGAUAUGCAAGGCCGAGUUUGCUCCCGGCAGCAUUGAUAUGAGACUCCUGGUCAAGGCCGAGGUUGAGAUGGCCAAGGAGUCUGGAGGCGAGGUCGGACAUGAAUACGACAACUUUUUACAAAACGCAAGGUCCAAUCAUGUCCUCACAUGCCAAGUCGUCAUCGACUGCUGGCGCUUUAUUCAAAAUAACCCCGAUCGGCUAUACUUGCUUCCUCUGCAUGCCGAGAAGCUCGUAAAGAUCAUCCAAAUCACAAGCGAAUCGUACAGAAACAUCAUCCGGCGAUGGCCAUCGAAUACCGAGUGUCAGAAGAUGUACAUGAGCUUCCUCUCCGCCAUGCGAAACGAUGGCGUUUUCUCCGAAGAAGAUCAAGAAAAGAACGGAAGCCACGAUUCAUUUCAAGCUAGCGCUUCCAAGUUGCGAAUCUCUAUGAGCUCUGGCGGAUCGCAAACUUAUUCGGAAAAACGAUCGGUAAAGCUCCAUCGCCAUUCGAAAUUGCCGAGCGAGAUUACAGACUUAUCGAUGACCAGCUUUGGGAGCCGACUCAGCCGCUCCAGCAAGGAAUCCGGUCGAUCAGAAAAGCGCAGGGCCCUCGAACUCCGAACCGAGCUUGACAAUCAAGCAAAAUGGAACAUCGACGCCUUUUCAACCACCAUAAAGCUUGCUGCCAUCGGAGGCAUCCUGAUGCUUUGCCUGAACCUCUAUCUGUUGCUAUCCUUUCGAGACAUGCAUACGCAGCAGCUCACAGCCGACUGGGGACUUUGCUAUAUUGAAGUUGCAUCCUCAAUCGCAUUCAUGGGACUGCGGCGCAUGAUCAACAUGGCAAACGGCACCGAGACUGCUGAUCUGGCAAAGUUUGAUGCCUUUCGCAUGCGGGUCGCCGUCUUCUCAAACCAUGCCUACAGUGUCGCUCAAAAUAUCUGGGCUGUAUCUGGUCAAGGCAAUGGCGAGAAGCAAGAGCUGAUUCUCACCACGUAUCCGGCGCUUUUCUCGAUCCUUCCGACGACCACAAAAAUUGUCAGUCGAAACGUCUCCUUCUUCAGCAUCAUCGCACGCAUGUUUAACUUUGCCUCUCGCGUCUCGGAUAUAAGCCUGGCGGACCAGAAACAAAUCCUGAGCUCGGGCUUGGUCGGAAGUUCUGCCUUGGUCAACAUGGCGCGAUUUGUAUUCCACAACGUUGGAAACACCACGAACGCAUGGAUACCAACUAUUGAAAGCGUUCAUCAAAGUUGGAUCGGUCAAGAACUCAUCGAGCGCUCUGACCAUUUAGGCUACAUAUAUUUAGUUCUCAUAUUGAUAUGGAUCGCAAUCGUGGUAUUUUGUCAAGUGAUAGUCCAAGGAGGGAUUUUCAAGCUGAUCAAGCAGCAAAACCGCGCACUAGAGCUGUUCAAGUGCAUUCCAAAGUCAAUCAUCUCCGAUCUGAUCGUCGCGGCCGAAAAAAACCUGGACGAGCUCGUCGGCACGGAUAUCCAGGAAUCGCUGUCCUCGCUCACAGAAAGCUAUGAAAACAUGCUCAAAGAAAAUGGCACAUCCACAGACAAGCCAUCGGAUACAAAACCUCCGAACCCCGAAGCAGCAUCAAGCCUUGAGGGCAGCACAGAUUUCAACAGUGCACGAAGAAGAAGUGCCGUUUUCGACCCCACCAACAAGUCGUUGCCUCCGUCUCAGCCCAAGCCCGAGAACACCUCGGAGCAGGCCAAACGCCCCAAAAGUGGAAAGGGCACUGAGGCGCUCCUGAACGCAGGAAUCAACAGCAAGGACGAUUGGAACAGGCGAUAUCUGAGCAAGGAGCGGUACAGCCUGUGCGGCCUCAUGAUUUUCCAAGGCGUCUGCCAGAUCGCGCUCUUUGCGGCCAUGAUCACCGUCGCGCAAUAUGCCAUCACGGAUCUAGAGCGGCUUGGGAUGGUGUGCACGACCGAAAGCGCAACCUUGAGGAGCCUGUCGCUUGUGUUUGAAGGGCAGUACAUGGACAGGUAUCUCUGGUCGUCUACCGCCGAGCUGUCGGAUAGCCUUGCAAAUGCCAUCAACAACACGUUUGAGAUGCGCAACGAAGUGUUUUCGAGCUGGGUACCCCGAUCGACCAGCGAAAAUGAAAUCCUCUUUGGCACAAGCUGUCUGGCCUACAACACCACCCUUUGCAACUACCGCCAAACGUAUCAAGCCGUGAGUCCACAAACCAUCGCAACAACCCGUGGCUUGGUGGCGCUCCUGGACCAGGUUUUGAUAUUGCUCGACCGCGCCAACCAGUCGUUUCCCCAGGACAUGGCCACGUUCUCAGCCACUCUGCAAACACUCGAUGAUAUCGCCGUCAACGACCUUAUCGAUGCCAUGUCCGCUCUGCGCGCCAAUGUGCUGCAGCAAGGAUACGACAAUAUUUCAUUUUACUUCCAAAUUAUUCUCGGCAUCUGGGGUGCUGGGUUCGCCGGAUCCAUCAUCGUGUUCUUUGUGAUCCAUACCAGCGUUACGUCCAUCCAAGCCAACCUCAGCAAAACAUGGGAGAUAUUGAGCCUGAUUCCCUCCUCGGUCCACGACAAACUGCCAACGAUCGGGUCUUUUAUCAACCGCCUCAACCAAAAAACCAUUGCCGAAAGAGACCCUAUCUCUGUGUUUUACGGAUACUGUGUCGGCAAAGGCGGCACGCUGAUGGUCACCAAACCUUCGCGUCCAGAUCCCAUAGAACUGCACCAAGACAACUUCAAAGAAGGGCGUCUCUCGGGAAUGUCGCUCUGGAUGAGAAAGGAGUUCUACCGGAACAUUUAUCCAACCGGAUCCUCCUUUGCCUCCAAACUCAAAAUGUUCUAUCGUCGCCGACGGCUCGCGCCACUCCGGAUUGGAAGCAUCCAUGCCUGGGCAUUGGCCACCGUUGUCGUCAUCACAGGCGAACAGUCGGGAUGGAAUGACGCCCUCGCGGAUGGCGGAUAUGGCUCGCUCAUAUUGUCGACCCUGGUCGGUGCUCUGAACUACCUAUGCGUGGCCCUCUCCUUGGCGGAUCUACAAGACGAAUGUCCCAGAGCCAUUGGCGGGAUGUUGCACUAUGCACGAUCACAUGGAUUCCAUGACGUAUUUAUCUUUAUAUCAAAGUGCUCCGAAUUGUUCGAAUACCUGCUCUUCAUGGCCUUGAUCAACGUCUCAAUCGCAGGCUAUUUGCAAUCGAUAUUCAACACCAGCAGUACCAUGCAGCUCGUCCAUUCGGCCUUUCUCGUUAUCUGCGCCUUCGGUGCGGUGAUGUUCCUCGAGAAGCGAACUUGGAUGGCGAUAUUGGUCAUGUGUCUGCUGUCCAUUGCCAUCCUGGUGGGAUACAUCGUGAUCGGAAUGAUAUAUUUCAAUCCCACGAUGCUCUUUCAAGGAUACGCCUCAAAUCUAUCGAAUCUCAGCAUCCGCGCGUGGUUUCCGGGAGGAGUAUCUGGUCUUGGGCUCUCGCUCAUGCCUGGUCUCUGGUGGUACACAGGACUCGAGUCUGCGACUGCCGUCACUCAAGAGAUGAAGGAACCGACGAAAAACACCCGUCAUGCCCUCCUUGGAUCAUGGGUGACCCUGUUGCUCUUGGCCAUAUUCAUGACUGUGUUUAGCGUCGGCGUUGUUCCAGGCGCCACCCAGAUUGGCCAAGCCUCAACGCCGUCCGUCGCCACCACCUUGGCCCUCUUUGGCAACAGCACAACGAGCAACGUCAUCGCAAAUCUCUUGCUUCUUCCAGCCAGCAUCAGCAAUCUCUUGGCCUUGACUUUGGUUUGCGGCAGGCUGAUGUGGGCCAUGUCUAUGUCGGCGUAUUUUCCAAAAUGGAUCAGCGUCACCGCAAAGGAUGAAGACCACUCUGGACAUCCUCCGCUCCGGGCGUACGCUCUUGCGCUUACAAUCUCGUUUGCGUUGUCUACCUACGUUAUCGUUUAUCAAAUACAGACGCAGGAAACGACGACAAACUUUUCUCCCCCCAAUGUCAUGCUAUAUGGAUCCAUUCUGGCCGCGCUGUGUUUCUACAUCACCGUCGGGGCCGUGCAGAUCAAGAAAGCGAUCUUUCCACUGGGGCAUCUUGAGUUCAAAAACCGACUCUGGUGCUUCAGUCGUGGCUUCAUGCUGGUCAACUACAACGUCCUCGUCCUGUCAUGCCAAUUGGCUUGGAGCUCAGAGUUUCUCAUGAGCUUUUGGACGUUCGUGUUUGUGUUGAUCUUGAUGCUGCUAUACUAUUUUGUAUGGGCUCACAAGCGCAUUAUUCCAUUCGAGAUUUCGUCGAGUCAAACCACGGCCAUCUCCAGUCCUGUGCUCAAACGAACGGGUCUGGCCACCGUGUCCGAGAAGAAGAGUCUUUGAUAGCUCUCGCCAUUGAUGCAAAUCAGUUAUGUCGGGGGAGGGGGUAACAGAAACUCGCUUGAAUCAUCGCGUUACUAGAUCGACUGCUGGCACAUACAAACUGCACCGGUG